AUGUUCGAUUAUUUAAAUUUAACAUUAGCUUCUCGUUUAUGUAUGGGUCAGUUCAUUAGAUGUGCUAUGUUUUGGAUCACUGGACUAGAGAAAGUGCGAUUUUAUCUUUGUUUUUACCUUCAGGGACUGAUUGGGCAGUAUGCAGUACCCAUUCUUGAAGAGAAAUCUGUUUGGGGCACCACAGCUCCUACAAUAAUAGCAUACAUGGACACCCAGGAUAUCACCCGAUUAACAUUUAUAGCUCUGCGCAAUGAGAAUAUCACUGGAAAACUUCUCACAUUUGCUGGACGUCGUGUCUAG